AUGUCAUCAUCAUCAUCAUCAUCAUCAUCAUCAUCAUCAUCAUCAUCAUCAUCAUCAUCAUCAUCAUCAUCAUCAUCAUCAUCAUCAUCAUCAUCAUCAUCAUCAUCAUCAUCAUCAUCAUCAUCAUCAUCAUCAUCAUCAUCAUCAUCAUCAUCAUCAUCAUCAUCAUCAUCAUCAUCAUCAUCAUCAUCAUCAUCAUCAUCAUCAUCAUCAUCAUCAUCAUCAUCAUCAUCAUAA